AGAGCCACAACGCAACUAUAUAUGUGCGUGGCUGAGGUUGCUAAUUUUCAUACAAUAUCAUUCUGUAUUGUGUGCAUCCGGUAGGGUUAGGUUUGUGUCUAUUUUUAGAAACAUUCCUCUACUACUGAUUGAGUAAUGACUAUACCGUUUUAACGACCUUUUUUAAAGCCGGCCUGCAGUCUGUUUUGGGGUGAAUUUACAGACAUUCCCUACAAGAUGUCCUGUCAACGUUCGACGUUAUCUCUUCUUCGCAUCGUUCUAUUGGUGUUCAUAUCGAUGGUGAUUGUACUCAUAGAGAUAUCUUCGAAGUGGCUGCCACAUCGAAACUUUAAACAUGAUCAUCCCACUUACAAGAAAAUGGUGUUCACCAAGCCAAAUGAAACUAGUUUAAACUGGUCAAACGACCCGUUCACGUGUUUGUCACAAAGCAUUAGCACAAACAUUGCGCCGACCAGCAAUGUCUUCUCAACGGCAGAGGUCAUCAACGCCAAGGCAUCGCAUAAGGUCAACGACACUCUACAGAUCCGCAUCACAGCAAGAGAUGUAAACAACGUCAUCAAGACUUGCGGAGGUGACUACUUCCGGGUCAAACUAUACACUGCAGAAACACAGUCAUCCUGGAGCAUUGACGUCACAAAUGACCUGGGAAAUGGUUCCUACAUUGCUGAUGUGACGUUACGAUGGCCUGGGAAGGUUGCAGUGAUUGUGACGUUGGUUCAUCCCAGCGAGGCUUUGAGGGUUCUGCGAAGGAUUCGAGACUUAGAGCCUGGUAGGACGGUCUUCAAGGGGCGCUACCUGAGAACUCUUGACUCUGGGAUGGACAUCUCUGAAGAUGUAAUGUGCCUACCAAAGGUCAUCCGUAAUCAUUCUCUUUGUAACUUCACGGAUGAAAGAUUAGGCUAUCCAUGGUUCUGUGUAGCGCCCUCUAAAAAUACUUUAUCGUGUGAUGACUGGAAGCUGUACGUAAAUGAUCCCAAAUUAGGCGAGAAGUACACGAUGAGGGCCGUCAGCAAGGAAGAGCUAAACAUUUUCAAGAUACAUAAGUUGCCUAUCAAACACCACCCUCCUCCCCUCAACGUAGUUGGGGACUCUAACAGAUGGAAGAAAAGCGUGUUUGCCUAUCAAGAUUCUCUACCUUCCUGCAGACCAGGACAACACUUACACAACCCUUCUCCUUCGGGCUUCUACAGCAAUAACAUCUGGUUUUCAGAUCAAUGCAAACUCCGUCGAUUUACCAAAACAGAUGUCUUACAGUGCCUGCAGAACAGAGCAGUUCAUAUUUUUGGCGACUCCACUGCUAGACAGUUCUUUUGGGAGUUUGCCGAUAACUACAAACCUAAUAUUGUGGCCGGGAAGAUACCAAUAGAUUUACGUAAGGGUUUAGUUAGGCCUUUAUAUGCUAAGGGUGCUAAGUUUAACAUCUCAAUAGAUUUCAAAUUUCACGGCUUUCCUAAUCGUCCAUCGGAUUUUAUAAGCAAGGAGACGAUCACUUACAUUGUCAAUGAAUUAGACGGUCUCAAAGUGGACUCUAGGUCGGUUAUCUUGAUUUGCGUUGGAACACACUACACGACAUAUCCAUUAGAGAUGUACGAAAAGAGAAUGAGAGAUAUCAAGGAGGCUGCUCAGAGACUACACAAGAGAAGUCCUCAAACAUUGGUAGUCUUCAAGAGCUCAAACACCCGAGAAUAUAAUAACCGCCUUCAUCAGUUGCACAACAGCGAGUGGUAUAUUGUGACGUUGGACCUAGCGUUGAGGGAGGUAUUGAAGGAUUCUCCAGAACUGGCCUUCAUUGACGCAUGGGAUAUGACCAUAGCUCAGAAUUCUAAAGACAGUGUUCAUCCCCGUCAAGCAGUUCUCUCAAAUCUGAUUAAUAAUUUUCUUUCCUAUAUUUGUCCUGAUGCGCCGAGUCCUCUAUAAAACCAUUUUUAACUAAGGAAUGCUUAAUUUGGUUUAUUAUUAAUCAUUAGUUUGAUUUCGAAUUAGGUAUAAUAGUGGGUUCUUAUACAGUUAUUAAUUCCUACCAGGUAACCGUUUCCCUCACCUGGGUGGAAAGUGGCAUAUUUAGAUUAAUAAAUUGGACUUUGGUGCCGCGGUGACCCGGGACGCGAUCAACAGUCCGGUGACAUAUCGACUAGACCACGACAUUCCUCCAGAAAGAAAUCCUUACAAUUAAUAGCGCCCUUUCAUGGCAUGGGAAGUUCACAUUGAAAUUGGUUGUAAAUAGAAGAAGCAAAAGUAGAUAAACAGAUCAAUUGGGGUUCAGCCAGAUGGUGUGAAGAAAAAGCAUAAAGGUAGGUUUCAUUGUUUGAGAUUGUAAUCGGUGAAACACAAAUUGGCAACUCUGUGGCAUAGACACUUUCAGAAAUUCUCCCGUCGCCUACAUAACGAUUAAUGUGCCAGGCUAGGGGUGUCACACAAAUAUUUGUAUGCAUUACUUUGUUGUGUUUGGAAUCGGAGUGUUACUCUUUUUUUGUUGACGAGGUGAUGCUGGAGAAAAUCGGGUUUCCUUUUUUUUUACGAAUAAGGUGUACACCUUAUUACUGGCCAUUCUAACCAUGGAACCUUAGUUUCGAAUUCACAAACUCUUGAUGGAAAGUCAAGUGAACGACCGACAUCACCGCGAGGAUUCUAUCUCCACUAGCAUGUUCCAGGGUCCCAUUUGAUAAUAUUAGUCAUCAAUAGCAACCGCCGGAAGUUACCAAAUCUGCUC